AUAUAUGCUUAUUCACCUCACACUAUCUUCAUCAUUCACGCGGAAAAUCCUUGCAUUCCACUCCAGAGUUUGUUUCCCUGACGCUUCCAAAUCUCUCUGUCUGUCUGUCUGUCUCUCUCUCUCUCUGAUAGAUCGCCUUUCUGUGUGCUUCUCAUUCCUUGUCGCGUGUAAUCUUCCGGGUGCAUUUGAAACUCCUUUGUCUUUGCUUGUUCUGUGCCUUAGAUCAUGUAACUACCAGCUACAUAGCAUUCCGAACCCAUCUUUGUGAAUCAUUGAACCGUUUGUUUCUCUUAAGGGUCUUUUCCAAAUAAUGUAAUUCCGCCGGAGGUUUGUAUCUCAGUUGAUCUCAGUAAAUGGGUUUUCGCUAAUUUCAGUCCUGCAGAGGCAUGUGGGCAAAUUUCUUGCAGAAUUUUAAGGUCUUUCUUGUAUUCUGGUGAUGCUCAUUUCUUUUAACUUGUUCUGAAGUAAAUUUAGGACUCUUUUAGACAAUGGGUCUUCGUUAAUUUAAUCAUUCUUGCUGCCUUCGAUUUCAUUUCUUGAUAUACUGGAAUUCUGGCCUGUAAACUCAAACCAUGUAACAGAUCUUACUACUUGCCUUUAGUGGUAAAUUUGAUCAUUUUAGUCCAUGAGCAGCCUAGCAGACUUUCCAAAUGUAAGCAAAGAGAUGAGGUAAUAGAUCUGAUCUGAGCUUUUAAGUCAACCUCUAGGGCAUGGAGAGUGUCUGUCUAUUCCGUUGAUAUCCGGAGUCCUAAUUUUCCUAUGAUUUCUGUUCGUUGAUUUUGCCCAUUUUCCACUGGAUAUGAAAGUUAAGCAGCCAUAGCUGUCUUUAAUUGAUUUUUCAUUGAUAGCUAACUGAUUCUUUUGUUCAUCUUAGUGUAAUAAGAUAAUUGUUCCUUUUGAAUUUCCUGUGAGAUGUAAGAUCUCCAAUCUGUACAGAUAUUGUUUAUAUGGGCCUCAUCGGGGGUCUAUUGUAUGGUAAGAAAUAAUGAUCCUAAAAUUGGUUCCCCAGCUGUCCUCUGAAGUACAUCGAGUACCUACUAGUUCUUGCUUUUCUGCCUAUUCUUUAUUACAAUUGCAUAUGAAAAUCUAGUUAUCAUAACGGCCUCUUGAGUCACUUGAACCUUCAUUUUGGUGUCACUUGCAUCACUUGCAAUUCGUCUUGUUAGUAGUUUGUUGAAGGGGAAGGGAAAAGGAAGAAGGAAGAAAGGAAUUAAGUUCCCCAGUUGUUUGCUUAAUUUUGAGUUAUCAUGGAAGAAACAUUUGUUCCCCUCCGUGGUAUCAAGAAUGAUCUCAAACAAAGAUUGUUGUGCUACAAGCAAGACUGGACUGGUGGAGUUCGUGCUGGAAUCAGGAUCCUUGCUCCAACCACAUACAUAUUUUUUGCUUCAGCAAUACCAGUAAUAUCUUUCGGAGAGCAACUUGAAAGAGAAACAGAAGGAACUUUAACUGCAGUUCAAACUCUUGCUUCAACAUCACUUUGCGGAGUCAUUCACUCCAUUGUUGGGGGACAACCACUGCUUAUACUAGGGGUGGCUGAGCCAACUGUGUUGAUGUACACUUUUAUGUUCAACUUCGCUAAGGAUCGGAAGGAUUUGGGGCAGAAGCUCUUCUUAGCCUGGACUGGAUGGGUUUGUGUAUGGACAGCCCUUUUGCUUUUCUUGCUGGCUAUAUUGGGUGCAUGCUCCAUAAUCAAUAGGUUUACUCGUCUGGCUGGUGAAUUAUUUGGUCUUCUGAUUGCAAUGCUGUUUAUGCAGCAGGCUAUACGGGGAGUGGUCGAGGAGUUUGGGAUCCCCCAAAGAGAAAAUCCUAAUCAGCUUGCACUUCAACCAUCUUGGCGAUUUGGAAACGGAAUGUUCGCAUUGGUUCUAUCCUUUGGCCUUCUUCUCACUGCAUUGAGAAGCCGUAAAGCUAGGUCCUGGCGCUAUGGGACAGGUUGGCUACGGGGAUUCAUCGCUGAUUAUGGAGUCCCACUCAUGGUGGUUGUAUGGACUGGUAUAUCUUAUAUACCUCUUAGAAGUGUCCCUGAGGGGAUACCAAGGAGGCUUUUCAGCCCGAAUCCAUGGUCUCCUGGUGCAUAUUCAAACUGGACGGUAAUUAAGGAAAUGUUGGAUGUGCCUCCAUUAUAUAUUGUUGGAGCGUUUAUUCCAGCAACUAUGAUUGCAGUGCUUUAUUACUUUGACCAUAGUGUUGCAUCUCAACUCGCUCAGCAGAAAGAGUUCAAUCUGAAGAAGCCUUCCUCAUAUCACUAUGAUCUUCUUCUUUUGGGCUUCCUGGUCAUACUAUGUGGUCUUAUUGGUAUUCCCCCUUCCAAUGGAGUUAUUCCUCAAUCUCCAAUGCAUACAAAAAGUUUGGCCACCCUGAAACAUCAGCUUCUUCGAAAUAAGCUUGUAUCAACAGCAAGAAAAAGUAUGCAUAAAAAUUCAAACCUGGGUCAAUUGUACCGGAGCAUGCAAGAAGCAUACAAUGAAAUGCAGACGCCACUUGUCUAUCAACUUCCACCUGCUCUGGGGCUGAAGGAGCUGAAAGAAUCUACAAUUCAACUGGCUUCAAGUACUGGUUAUAUUGAUGCUCCAGUUGAUGAGACUGUUUUUGACGUGGACAAAGACAUUGAUGAUCUCUUACCUGUUGAAGUGAAAGAACAACGCCUUAGCAAUCUGCUUCAGGCAUCAAUGGUUGGUUGUUGUGUUGCUGCUAUGCCCCUUCUAAAGAAGAUCCCAACAUCAGUUCUCUGGGGCUACUUUGCUUUCAUGGCAAUUGAAAGCUUACCUGGAAAUCAAUUUUGGGAGAGGAUAUUAUUUCUUUUCACUGCUCCUAGUCGAAGAUACAAGCUGUUAGAGAAGUAUCAUGCAGCAUUUGUUGAGAGUGUACCCUUCAAAACAAUUGCCAUAUUCACCUUAUUUCAGACUACAUACUUGCUCGGGUGCUUUGGCAUAACAUGGAUCCCCAUAGCUGGUGUGCUUUUCCCACUUCUGAUCAUGCUUCUUGUCCCAGUACGACAGUAUUUGCUUCCUAAAUUUUUCAAAGGAGCCCAUCUUCAAGACUUAGAUGCUGCAGAAUAUGAAGAAUACCCUGCCAUAACUUACAAUGUGUCUUUUGAUGAACAGGAUCCUCGGGCACGAACUCCCCACUUAGAUAGUGGGGAAGUUCUGGACGAAAUUAUCACAAGAGGUCGGGGUGAGAUCCGCCACGUUCAUAGUCCAAAAAUAACAAGUUCGACUCCAGGUUCAGCAGAGGAUAUGAAGCAUGCCUAUAGCCCACGAUUGACACAGAGGGUAUACAGUCCCCGCAUCAGCGAGUUAAAAGCGCAAAGGAGUCCCAGAAUGACUGGAAAAGGACUUGAAAUAAAGCAGACACCCAGUCCAGGUCCAUCUACCCUUAGUCAAACCACUCCCGGUUCACCAUCAACCUAAAACUGUAAAAGUUUCACAUUCGAAGAUGUUUACUUGUCAAUGGGUGCUUGAGAGGCCGUGUGUUUAAUUUAUGCAACUACUUAUUGUCCUGUAGGUGUGAUGUUUCUUUAAUGCUUAUACGUUGUCACAAUAGUCUAGGUUUGUGCCUGAUUAUGCUGGGGCAGAGGGCAAAGUUAUACUAAUGAAAUAUGUUAGAAUGUGCAUUUGCCUAGCUACUUGAUUAUAUGCUGUUAUUCUGGAGAACAAUAUAAGAAUGAACAAGCAGAGGGAAUAAAUGAGAAGAUCAUUGUAG